AUGCAAAAUUUAUAUUUUAAUUUCCGAGUUGAUCCUGUGUUUGAACCCGUGGCAUGUGCAUUCGGAGAAUCUUACGACAGCACACAAGUCAUCUUUAACGGGUACACUCCUGGCCUCAAUGUUAUGGUCUGUCAGGUGGUCAAAUGCCAGCCAACAGAUGGCUCGCAAGUGCUUUCAUUUGGCACCAGGCAGAGAAGCGAAUGGCAAGAGGACAUCUCGAAGAAUCGUCUGAGAUUCUACAGAAAAGGUUCUUACCAUCUCGUCUGCCAGACCAGCAAAAAGAAAAAAAAUGAAUCAGUCAUUGACGGACGGCUUUUUGUUACCGGCGAGGACACGAAAGACUGUCCCAAUAAAAUUAACUUGGAGGGAUUUACCAGCAAAGCGCUCCUAAUCAUUCCACCUCUAUGUCUUACCUUGAUUAUCAUUUUCCUCGCGGGAACCUACAUAAGAGACAGGAAAAAAUUGCUUGUGGAGAUUCAAAAUUUUGCACCCCCUUCGAAAUAUGGUGAAAUAGGAGUGGCGGCAAAAAUAUCUAACAAACCAUCGAAUGUGACGGACCGACCAGCAGUUAGCAGCUCCGGUCAGAUUCCAAAAACUUCUUCUUCCGCUCUUCCCCCCUUUAGGAUGCCUGAACCUCAACAACCUGGAUGUCCGCCAAAGCCAAUGCACCCGGGUAUGCCGCCACAAAAACCAAGACUUCCGCUACCUGAUAUGCAAGAUCGUCCACCAAGGCCUUCGCCUCCAGACACAAAAGGAGCUCCACAAAAACCCAUGCCCACUAAUAUGCCAAGACCUCCAGGUAUGCUUGAUGGUCCCUCUAAACCCAUGCCAUCUGGUGUGCAGGAAGCCCCCCUUAAAGCAGCGCCUCAAGAAAUGCCUGGACCCAACCCAGCCGUCAACGCGAGUAAGAGGAAAAGCACAAAUGUUGCUAACAGUCCAAAUAUGAUGAAAAUGAACGAACUGCACCCACCUUCUUCAGCUGAUGCCAACAAAGAAGAAGCUUCAGCGGAGAAAGGCAGGGCAGGAUCUAACUUAGGCAAUGAACGUAACGGUAACGAAAAACCUCCGAGAGAUUCCUACUACGGCUACGACUACAAUCCUCUGCACUGGACGUACAAUUUAUUCCACUACAUCACGUCCAAAAUAUUCUAG